UUUCACUUGGCCCAAACAUGGCUGCGGCCCUGCGCGCCGCGGGCGCCCUGCUCCGCGAUCCGCCCCAGCGAGGAGUCUGGCGAACAGCCUGGAUGGAUUCUCUGGUCUGCAUGCCCACCCAGUUCCAGUCUUGCCCCUGCAAACAGCUAUCCCUUGGCCACCAUUCAGGUCAAGACUUGCUACACUAAUGGCACAACCUCCCUCAGGAGGAUGGAUCCAGAAAACAGGCCUGCACAGACCCUGGGAGUGGGUGUGGAGCUUGGGGGACAGGGAAUCCUGGGGUGCUGGAAGCCUGGUCUGGCACGUGGGAUGUGGACUCCCAGGGUGGGGGCAUGUCUCCUUGGUGGUAGAGGCUACAUACACCGAGGGGUGGGGUGCAGAGGGAGGAGGGCCAGAUCCUGCCCUGGGAAGCAGAGGCCCCUUGUCAAGGUCCAAGGGCAGUGCUGGGCUCAGCACCAUUGCUCACUGAAGGAGGCUUGGGGGCAGAAAGAAAUGCAGCUAGUUGAAAACUGGCCCACUUGCCACUCCCUAAAUUGGCAGCUUUUCUCCUUUUCUGCAGUCCCUUCUCCUUCUACUGGAGCAACAUGCUACUGUCAGUCAUGUUGGUCACGUGCAGGGCUUCUUGUGAGGGAUCGUAUCAAAAUCUGCAGCCACGGUGGGGAGAGGAGUGGCGUCCGGCAGCUGGAGGGCCUGUCAGCCGUGGAGGUGGAAGUCGGGUGUAGCCGCUGCAGAAACAGCCCAGCAUGCCCUGGGUGCAAAGCCUCAAGUUCAGCCGGAGAAGAGGAAGCCAAAAACUGGAAUAUUAAUGCUAAACAUGGGAGGCCCUGAAACCCUCGGAGAUGUUCACGACUUCCUUCUGAGACUCUUCUUGGACCGUGAUCUCAUGACGCUUCCUAUUCAGAAUAAGCUGGCACCGUUUAUCGCCAAACGCCGAACCCCCAAGAUUCAAGAGCAGUACCGCAGGAUCGGAGGCGGAUCCCCCAUCAAGAAGUGGACUUCCAAGCAGGGAGAGGGCAUGGUGAAGCUGCUGGAUGAAUUGUCCCCCAACACAGCCCCUCACAAAUACUAUAUUGGAUUUCGGUACGUCCAUCCUUUAACGGAAGAAGCAAUUGAAGAGAUGGAGAGAGAUGGCCUAGAAAGGGCUAUUGCUUUCACGCAGUAUCCACAGUACAGCUGCUCCACCACAGGCAGCAGCUUAAAUGCCAUUUACAGAUACUAUAAUCAAGUGGGACGGAAGCCCAUGAUGAAGUGGAGCACUAUUGACAGGUGGCCCACACAUCGCCUCCUCAUUCAGUGCUUUGCAGACCACAUUCUAAAGGAACUGGACCAUUUUCCACUUGAGAAGAGAAGCGAGGUGGUCAUUCUGUUUUCUGCUCACUCACUGCCAAUGUCUGUGGUCAACAGAGGUGACCCGUAUCCUCAGGAGGUGAGCGCCACUGUCCAAAAAGUCAUGGAAAGGCUGGGGUACUGCAACCCCUUCCGACUCGUGUGGCAAUCCAAGGUUGGUCCGAUGCCCUGGUUGGGUCCUCAAACAGAUGAAUCUAUCAAAGGACUCUGUGAGAGGGGAAGGAAGAAUAUCCUCUUGGUUCCGAUAGCGUUUACCAGUGACCACAUUGAAACGCUGUAUGAGCUGGACAUCGAGUACUCUCAAGUUUUAGCCAAGGAGUGUGGAGUUGAAAACAUCAGAAGAGCAGAGUCUCUUAAUGGAAAUCCAUUGUUCUCUAAGGCCCUGGCCGACUUGGUGCAUUCACACAUCCAGUCAAACGAGCUGUGCUCCAAGCAGCUAACGCUGAGCUGUCCGCUUUGUGUCAAUCCUGUCUGCAGGGAGACUAAAUCCUUCUUCACCAACCAGCAGCUGUGACCCCUGCCGGUGGACCCUGUGGCAUUAGGCAAAUGUCCAACCUCUAGAUAUCCUCGACAUGGAGAGGAUGUUGUUUAGAGAUCAAGGAAGGAAGUCACCCUUUCUUCAUAUAUAUACAGCCUUUGGGCACAAACUGUGUGAUUUCUUGAGGAUUGGACUUUAUUGAUAGAUUUCUAUUUUUAUGUAACUAUACAGUAAACAUUUAUAUUUUCUCUCUCUAGGUGUAAGUUACUAGUUUGGAAUGUCCACUAGGACCUUUAAUAAGUAAGCUAAAAAUUU